AUGCCGAAAGCCAAGUCCAAGGGCUCACCAAAAGUUGAGAACCUCGUCUACACAUCCCGAGACCUCGUCUGUCCGCCGUCAAAUUACGACACCCAUAUCUACUCCACCGCUCCUCUGCUCAUCUACAUCGAGAACUUCCUUUCAAACUCUGAAGCCGACCACUUGAUAUCCCUCAGUUCAGACAUCUGGCAGCCAUCCACCGUCUCCAACAAUGGCGCCCUCACCCACGAUCCUAAAGUCCGGCUCUCCGAAAAAGCUGCCAUUCCCCGCGACAGAACAGUACAAUGCAUAGAGUCCCGUGCUCUGUCCUUUCAGGGCUGGCCUCGAGAUACUUUCAUCGAGAAGCUCUGGACCCAGCGCUACAAUGUCUCCGGUCACUACGCUUUGCAUUAUGACUGGUCGUCGGCCAACCCCAACGCGAGGAGGGUGAGUAGUUUCAUGGUCUAUCUUGAGGAUGGAUGUGAAGGCGGCGGGACGAGGUUUCCAAAGCUGAAGGGCAGAGGAGAUGAGAAGUGGUGCAAGUUUGUGGACUGUGGAGCUGAUGAGGAAGGUGUCACCUUCAAGCCCAAGAAAGGUGCUGCGGUGUUUUGGAGGAACUUCGACGAUGAGGGGAGAGGGUACAAGGAGACUGUGCACGCGGGCAUGCCGGUCACGAAGGGCACGAAGAUUGGGUUGAAUGUAUGGUCUUGGUAUCAGGCUGGGCAUAAAGCUCCAGAUGAUGUGGGUGAGCUUUGA